CGGCCCGAGCAGCGGCCGAGGGGCUGCGGCCGCCCCCGCAGCCGCCGGCACCGGGGCGGUUCCGACCCGGCUUUGCAUCAUGGUGGGAAGCGCGGCCGCUUUUCCCUUGGCUUGCAGGGAGUCCCUGUUCUGUGGACGCUGGACGGACGCGUUCCCGGGAAGCAGGCGCCGGGCGGAGGAGCCCUGAGCGCUGCCUUCAGCGAGCCGCUGCCCGCAGAGUGAUGCUCUUACCAUGAAGAGGUGCUGUGAGGGCGUGGGGCUGCCAUGCCUCUUUAAGGGUGUCGGCAUGGCCGGUGCCCGGCCCCCCCGGUUCCUCCUUGUCUUUGACUUCGACGAGACCAUCAUCAACGAGAACAGCGACGACUCCAUCGUGCGCGCGGCGCCGGGGCAGGCGCUCCCGGAGCACAUCCGGCAGACCUUGCGCGAGGGCUCCUACAACGAGUACAUGCAGCGGGUGCUGGCCUACCUGGGGGAGCAGGGCGUCAAGAUGGGCGCCUUCAAGAGCGUGUACGAGAGCAUCCCCCUGACCCCCGGCAUCCCGGAGCUCUUCCAGUUCCUCUCCAAGCACCACGAGCUCUUCGAGGUCAUCCUCAUCUCCGACGCCAACAUGUUCGGCAUCGAAUGCGCCCUGAAGGCGGCCGGGGUCUACUCCCUCUUCCGCAAGGUCUUCAGCAACCCGGCCAGCUUCGACAAGAGGGGGUACCUCACCCUGGGGCCCUACCACAGCCACAAGUGCCUUGACUGCCCGGCCAACAUGUGCAAGCGCAAGAUCCUGACCGAGUACCUGGCCGAGAGAGCGCAGGAGGAGCUGGAGUUCGAGAGGGUUUUCUACGUCGGAGAUGGUGCCAAUGACUUCUGCCCUGCGGCUGCUCUGACCGCUGCUGACGUGGCCUUCCCACGGAAGGGCUUCCCCAUGCACCGGCUCACCCAGGACAUGGAGAAGAAGCAGCCGGGAGCCUUCCAGGCCACCGUUGUCCCUUGGGAAUCGGCUGCGGAGGUCGCCCGCUACCUGCAGGAGCUCCUCAGGAAGUGCUGAUGGCUCGGAAGGGACCUGGGUGCUCGGAGAGGGUGGGAGAGGAGAGGCCUGGGGGGGGUCACACCAUG